ACCCUCCGUACAUUUUCAUAGGGGUGGGGAGAAUAUUCGAGCUCGUGAUGAACAUUUUCCCUAUACAGGCUGCGGACUGGGUUCCGCGCCGCCGUGUCCAGGGGUUGACAGCCUGAGCGACCGGGUCGAGGCCUGCGGCGAUCUCUUGCAUUUCCCCCAGCUCCGGUGCUGUGCGACGGUCCGCGACGCAGUCGGGCUAAACCAAUCCCGGAACGCACGGGGCUUCUGCCGGCUGCAUUGCGGGACCGCUUGGCAUUGUCGCUGGAGCUUCGGCCUCGGGGACCUGGCCACCCCCCGACCUCAUCCCCUGAGGAGGACUCUUGGAGACAUCCAACUGGGAUCUUUAUGCUCGGACGUUAAAACUAGGUUGGGUGCAGCAGGAGAGGGGUGUGAAUUUAAAACUUCACCAGUAAUGGAGUUAGCCCACAGUUUGCUGCUAAAUGAAGAAGCUUUGGCUCAAAUCACUGAAGCAAAGAGACCAGUUUUUAUCUUUGAAUGGCUGCGCUUUCUUGAUAAAGUCGUGGUUGCUGCCAACAAGACUGAUGUAAAGGAAAAACAGAAAAAACUUGUUGAACAACUAACUGGAUUAAUAAGUAGUUCACCUGGACCACCUACGCGGAAAUUGUUAGCUAAAAAUCUUGCAGCCCUUUAUAGCAUUGGAGAUACUUUUACUGUUUUUCAAACACUUGAUAAAUGUAAUGACAUUAUCAGAAAUAAAGAUGACACUGCAGCCUACUUACCAACAAAAUUGGCUGCAGUGGCUUGUGUUGGAGCAUUUUAUGAAAAAAUGGGGAGAAUGUUAGGCAGUGCAUUUCCAGAAACAGUAAAUAAUCUUUUGAAAUCUCUAAAAAGUGCAGAGUCUCAAGGACGAAGUGAAAUCUUAAUGAGUUUACAGAAAGUUCUAAAUGGACUUGGUGGAGCUGCAGCUUCCUCUCAUCGCGAUAUUUACAAGAAUGCCAGAUCCCUCUUGACUGACAGGUCGAUGGCUGUUAGAUGCGCAGUUGCCAAGUGUCUACUAGAACUACAGAAUGAAGCUGUAUUCAUGUGGACUGCUGAACUGGAAAAUGUAGCAACUCUCUGCUUUAAGGCUCUGGAAAACUCAAAUUAUGGGGUACGAGUGGCGGUGUCUAAACUCCUAGGAACAGUCAUGGCUACAGCACUGAUGCCAAAGCAGGCAACAGUGAUGCGCCAGAAUGUGAAGCGAGCAACGUUAGAUGAAGUCCUGGAACUCGUGGCCACAGGAUUUCUACGUGGAGGGUCAGGUUUCCUAAAGAGUGGUGGAGAAAUGUUAAAAGUUGGAGGGUCUGUUAAUCGUGAAGUGAGAGUUGGAGUUACACAGGCAUAUGUUGUUUUUGUAACGACAUUGGGUGGUCAGUGGUUGGAGCGUUGCUUUGCUACAUUCUUGUCCCAUGUGCUUGAUCUGGUUUCCCAUCCUCGGGCAACACAAACACAUGUAGAGGCUGUGUACUCAAGACGAUGUGUUUCCUUUAUCUUAAGAGCUACUGUGGGCAGUUUGCUAGGUGAAAAAGCCCAGAUUGCAGCUGCCAAAGAAAUAUGCCAAGCUAUUGGAAAACAAAUGAAAGCAGUAGAAGCAGUAGUGAAUGAUACUAGUGGUGAAAACAAAUCUGGAGCAGCAGACAUAGCAGCAAGCCAGCACGUGAUGGUCUGUGCGCUCCAGGAACUCGGGAGCCUGGUCCAGAGCCUGAAUGCCACUGCUUCUCCCCUUAUUCAGGAAGCGUCUAUAGGACUUUUGGAAACUGUGACUUCAGUUCUUCUUCAUCCAAGUAUGGCUGCUCGACUUGCUGCUGCAUGGUGUUUACGUUGUGUGGCUGUGGCAUUACCUUUCCAGUUGACACCAUUUCUAGACAGGUGUGCAGAACGGCUCAACAACUUGAAAACUUCGCCUGAAGCUGUUAGUGGAUACAGUUUUGCAAUGGCUGCUUUGUUAGGUGGAGUUCAUCAGUGUCCUUUGGGCAUUCCUCAUGCCAAGGGAAAGAUGGUAGUGAGUAUUGCUGAAGAUCUCUUGAGAACUGCUGCCCAAAAUAGCAGGCUCUCCUUACAGCGCACGCAAGCUGGAUGGCUUUUACUUGGAGCUCUUAUGACUUUAGGACCAUCUGUUGUUCGUUACCAUCUGCCCAAGAUGUUGUUACUGUGGCGAAAUGUUUUCCCUCGUUCUUUAAAGGAAUUGGAGGCUGAGAAGGCCAGGGGAGAUUCUUUUACCUGGCAGGUAACACUGGAAGGUCGUGCUGGAGCUUUAUGUGCAAUGAGGAGUUUUGUUGCACAUUGUCCUGAGCUCCUGACUGAGGAUGUGAUUAGAAAAUUGAUGACCCCUAUUGAAUGUGCCAUGACUAUGAUGUCACACAUUCCAUCCGUAAUUAAAGCCCACGGAGCUCAUCUGAAAGCUAGUGCUGCAAUGGUCCGUUUAAGACUUUAUGAUAUCUUAGCUUUGUUACCACCAAAAACUUAUGAAGGAUCUUUCAAUGCACUUCUUAGGGAGCUGGUAGCAGAAUUCACUCUGACUGACAACUCUGCCAACACAACCACGUCCCUCCUCAGGUCCCUCUGCCAUUAUGACGAUAGUGUUCUUCUUGGUUCCUGGCUGCAAGAAACUGAUCAUAAGUCAAUUGAAGAUCAGCUGCAGCCAAACAGUGCAUCUGGAAGUGGGGCUCUGGAACACGAUCCAUCCUCCAUCUAUUUACGAAUACCUGCUGGAGAAGCUGUGCCUGGUCCUCUCCCUCUUGGAGUCUCGGUCAUUGAUGCCUCUGUGGCUCUUUUUGGUGUAGUGUUUCCUCAUGUUUCUUUUAAACACCGAAGUAAAUGGGUGAGAAGUCUACUCCCUGAUAACAGUUGUCUGUCAGAUGAUUCAAGUCUGGAACUUGAGAAACUAAGAUUACAAAUGUUAGAUCACUUUGCUGAGUGUGUUAAACAAGCCAAAGGUGUCCGCCAGCAGGCUGUGCAGCUUAAUAUAUUUACUGCUGUUCUUAGUGCACUAAAGGGCUUAGCUGAAAACAAAAGUACUUUAGGACCUGAGGAGGUUCGUAAAUCUGCUCUGACGUUGGUUAUGGGCGCGCUUGACAACCCAAACCCCAUCUUACGAUGUGCAGCAGGGGAAGCUCUUGGAAGGAUGGCUCAGGUGGUUGGAGAAGCAACUUUUAUCGCCAGAAUGGCCCAGUAUAGCUUUGACAAGUUGAAAUCGGCUCGAGAUGUUGUGUCUAGAACUGGGCAUUCAUUGGCUCUUGGCUGUUUGCAUCGUUAUGUUGGUGGUAUAGGCUCAGGGCAACACCUGAAAACCAGUGUCAGCAUUUUAUUGGCUCUAGCACAAGAUGGAACGUCCCCUGAAGUCCAGACUUGGUCUCUUCAUUCACUUGCUUUGAUAGUGGAUUCUAGUGGCCCUAUGUAUCGUGGAUAUGUGGAACCAACACUAUCUCUAGUUCUUACCUUGCUGUUGACAGUUCCACCUUCACAUACAGAAGUUCAUCAAUGUUUGGGUAGAUGUUUAGGUGCAAUAAUAACUACUGUUGGCCCUGAACUGCAAGGGAAUGGUGCAACAAUUUCUACAAUUCGUUCCUCUUGUUUGGUUGGUUGUGCAAUAACCCAGGACCAUUCAGAUUCUCUUGUCCAGGCAGCUGCCAUAUCUUGCCUUCAGCAGCUUCACAUGUUUGCUCCACGACAUGUCAAUCUGUCUAGUCUCGUUCCCAGCCUUUGUGUUCAUUUAUGUAGUUCCCACUUAUUACUUCGGCGGGCAGCUGUGGCAUGUCUUCGGCAACUUGCACAAAGAGAAGCAGCCGAAGUAUGUGAAUAUGCCAUGAGUCUAGCAAAAAAUGCAGGGGACAAAGAGAGCAGUGGUGCCAAUGUCAAUUCUUUUGCACCUGGGGUUAGUUCCCAAAGUGAUAUCCAUUGCCGGCACCAAGGUGUUAAUAUAACAGAAACUGGUCUUGAGGGACUUCUUUUUGGAAUGCUUGACCGGGAGACAGAUCGUAAAUUAUGUUCUGAUAUUCAUGACACUUUGGGACAUAUGCUUUCAUCACUGGCAGUAGAAAAACUUUCCCAUUGGCUAAUGCUCUGUAAAGAUGUUCUUGCAGCUUCUAAUGAUAUGAGUACUGCGACUCCUUUUAGUAGUGGAAAAGAUGAAGAAUCUGAAAAGAAAGACGAGAUGGAUGAUGAUACCAUGUUUACCACACUAGGCGAAGAAGAUAAAUCAAAGCCAUUUGUGGCACCUCGCUGGGCUACUCGGGUAUUUGCUGCUGACUGCCUGUGUCGAGUCAUCACUUUGUGCGAGAAUGCAGACCAGUUGCACUUUGAUCUUGCCGUGGCACGUUCUGCUAAACUACGAAACCCUACAAAUGACCUCUUAGUACUUCAUCUCUCUGACCUGAUUCGAAUGGCAUUUAUGGCUGCAACUGAUCAUAGCAACCAGCUGAGGAUGGCUGGGCUCCAAGCACUUGAAGACAUUAUCAAGAAGUUUGCAUCUGUUCCUGAGCCAGAAUUUCCAGGUCAUGUGAUUCUGGAGCAGUAUCAAGCUAAUGUGGGAGCUGCUCUAAGACCAGCUUUUUCACAAGAUACUCCAUCAGACAUAAUAGCAAAAGCUUGCCAGGUAUGUAGUACAUGGAUUGGAAGUGGAGUUGUUAGUGAUCUCAAUGAUCUCCGUCGAGUGCACAAUCUGCUUGUUUCUUCUCUGGACAAAGUUCAGGCUGGAAAAGGAUCUUCAAGCCAGCUGUAUCGAGAGAGUGCCACGACUAUGGAAAAGCUGGCUGUUCUCAAAGCGUGGGCAGAGGUAUAUGUGGUUGCUAUGAAUAUUAAAAAAGAAGCAGAGUCGAGACCCAAAAGAGCAAUUAAAAAUACUGAUGAUGAUGAUGAUGAUGAUGAUGGCACCAUAGAUGAACUACCACCAGAUAGUUUAAUAACACUUGUACAACCUGAACUUCCAACACUCAGCCGCCUGUGGUUGGCAGCAUUAAAAGACUAUGCGCUUUUGACUUUACCAGCUGAAUUUGCUAGCCAGCUCCCUCCGGAUGGUGGAGCAUUUUAUACUCCCGAGACUAUUGAUACAGCUAGACUUCACUACCGGAAUUCCUGGGCUCCAAUUCUCCAUGCUGUGGCACUUUGGUUAAAUAGCACUGGAUUUACUUGUUCAGAGUCAACAGAAGCAGCAGCAAUAUCUGGUUCACAAAAACGUUCUACAUCUGUCAUUUUAAACCAGCCAUCGGGAGCAACACCUAUUGCUAAAUCUUUGCCAGAAAUUAACAAAGACAGAAUGCAUCUGAUUUUAGGUGUAAGCAUACAGUUUCUUUGUUCACCUAGACCUGAGGAGCCUAUCGAACAUGUAACAGCGUGUUUACAGGCCUUACAUACCUUACUAGAUUCUCCUUAUGCCCGAUUCCAUAUUGCAGAAGAUCAGCUGAUUGGUGUUGAGUUGCUGAGUGUUUUGCACCGCCUCCUACUGACCUGGAAUCCACUAUCUGUCCAGCUGUUGGUUACUGGAGUUGUACAACAGAUAGUAAGAGCUGCUCAGGAUUAUUUGCAAGAAAAAAGGAACACAUUAAAUGAAGAUGAUAUGGAAAAGGAGUCCUGUCCUGCAUUAGGGGAAGGAGGUGACAGUGGUGGCCUUAUUCCUGGGAAAUCUCUUGUGUUUGCAACGAUGGAGCUAUUGAUGUUCAUUUUAGUACGGCAUAUUCCACAUCUCAGUACCAAGAUGUCAGACUCUCCAAGUCACAUAGCCACUAAAACUCGACUCUCAGAAGAAAGCGCUCGUUUGGUGGCAGCUACAGUCACCAUCCUCUCUGACUUACCAUCCCUUUGCUCACCUGCUGGAUGUAUGACAAUUUUGCCAACGAUUCUGUUUUUAAUUGCAAGAAUAUUGAAAGACACAGCUAUAAAGACUGCAGAUAAUCAGGUUCCUCCACCAGUCAGUGCAGCUCUUCAAGGGAUUAAAAGUAUUGUGACACUUUCAAUGGCCAAAACUGAGGAAACUCAAAAACAAUGGACAGCUCUAAUUCGUAGCACUCUCGCAUGCAUCCUGGAAUAUUCUCAACCAGAAGAUUCUGUGGCUACUCCUGAUGAAGUAAGCAUGCUAACAGCAAUUGCACUCUUCCUGUGGUCUGCUAGUGGUGAAAUAAUCGGAGUUCAAUCAUUACAGAAUGGCUGCAUGAACAGAUUUAAAAAUGCAUUAAAUUCAUGUGACCCAUGGGUUCAAGCCAAGUGUUACCAACUUCUCCUCUCAGUCUUCCAACAUUCCAAUCGUGCCCUUUCCACUCCUUAUAUCCAUUCAUUAGCCCCAAUAGUGGUUGAAAAGCUAAAAGCUGUUGAAAGAAACAGACCAACAAGUAAUACAGAACUUUUAGCUGUUCAAGAAGGAAUCAAAGUUCUUGAAACAUUGGUUGCUCUUGGUGAAGAACAGAAUCGAGUCCAGUUACUUGCUCUUUUAGUUCCAACUUUGAUCUCUUACCUGCUAGAUGAAAAUUCUUUUGCCUCAGCAAGUACAACUUCCAAAGAUCUGCAUGAGUUUGCACUCCAGAAUUUAAUGCAUAUUGGGCCCUUGUAUCCCCAUGCUUUCAAGACUGUAAUGGGGGCUGCUCCUGAAUUGAAAGUGCAUCUGGAAACUGCUGUUCGAGCAAGCCAAGCUAGCAAAGCUAAGGCAGCCGCUAGGCAGCCAGCACCUACCGUACAUUCUGCACCGACAAUUAAGCUAAAAACAAGUUUUUUUUAAUUUACUCUUCUAUUCAUUUUUAUUUACAUUGUUAACUAGCACCUAACAAAUCAUAGCCACUAUAUCAUUCCCAGGCUAUGGUUUCUAUUCUAUCUGUAUAUUGGUGUUAUAGUGCUUCCAUGUAGGUUAAGUGAAAAUAAUGCUCACAUUCCUUCAUGAUGCUUAAGUAGAGAUUUUUCUUAUCAUGUGGUGAAGUUGUUGUGUUUUUUUUUCUCCUAAUAAUGUUUCUCUUUUAUUAAUUUAUUUUUUAAACACCAAGCUGUAGUCUUUUCCAAUUUAAAUGCUAAAAACAUAAUUGUAUCAUGUAGUUCAGUACUCUAUUGAUGUUGUCAGAAAAGAGGUCAAAAUUCAGGAACUGUCAUGAAAAAUUUAAUUGAAAAACAAGCAAAAUUUAAAUUUUGAAGCUACCAAAAUAAUGAAAAGCGUGUUUCAUGGUGUACAUAAUAUGAAAGAAGUCAACAUUUUCUUAGCAUUUCCCAAAAUUUCCUUACCUUUCUGAUGAAUCUUUUUACUUUCAUAUUAAAUUACUAAAUUAUUCUUGUGUGUAUUUUAGUUGUUGACUGAAUUAAAACUCUCAUUUAAAAGUA